AUGUGCGUGCAGUCAGGUCACAGCCGCGAUACCGAGAAAGCAGAAAUGCAGCUGUGGGGAGGGGAGCACCACGACGCCGCCGCCGACGACAACAACCGCGCCAGCGACAGAGGCCAGGCUCGAGGAGGAGAGCACAUCACCCACCAGCAGCGGCAACGGUGGAGGCUAUCGAGUAUCCAAAUCGAGACGGGCGAGUGCCGCAGUGAGGAACUUCAACCCAAGCGUGCGCCUGGGACACCUCUGGGUGCGUUGCCCAUGCAGCAAUACUUCGACAUGCCAGGACUGGAGACGAAUGGCUAUUCGGCAGCCUACACCGUGCAUCCUCAACGGAUGAUGCCUGUACCUGCGAAUGGCACGCCGUCCACAACAAACGGCUCGGCCAUGUCCAAGGCCCCAGCAGCCAAGGGAAGUUGCUGCGGAGGGUCGAAGGAGGAGGCAGUGGAGAGCGACAGUCCCGCGCCGACGCCCUCCACGACAUCGAGUUCAUCGCCCCGGAUCAAGAGCAACGGAGACAGAGCAGGAUCAACCAAGGGCUGCUGUUCCUCUAAAGCGACGCCUGCGGCGCAAACGCCCGCUGCAAUACCAAUGCCACAGACGCCCAUGGGUCACCCGGGCAUCAUGAUGCCUGCUUUCCCGCCGGCCAUGGGCAUGCCAAAUGGCAUGUAUCCCUUCUUUGCGCACCCGGGGAUAUUCACCUACCCACCUCAGUAUGGUACGUUCGGGCAUCCACUACAGCCUGAUCAGUGGCGGCAGAUGAUGGCGCAUGGCUUCGUCGGCCAGCCCAUGGCAGUGAACGGUUUCACCAUGCCGGCACAGCCCAGUACCGCGCCAGCCCCAUACCCUCAAACCUCAAACGUCGCUCAGACACACCAGCAAGACGCGACACCCAGCGUCCCGGGAACAUCACAUCACUGCUCGUGCGGUUCGGACUGCAGCUGUAUCGGAUGCGCAGCCCAUCCAUACAACGAGGCCACCCAGGAAUACGUCCGCUCUGCUUGGUCCACCAUGCUCAACGAGCAGCAGCAGCAGCAGCAGCAGCCGCCGCAACAAGAAGUGCAGUCCAACGACCACGCACCCCAGAACGAAGCAAAUCAGAACGACACCAACGGCACCGGUCCCCACACACCGUCCGACGCCGCCUCCGCUCUGAGCGCCGAGGAGCAAACGCUCUCCGCAGAUGACUUCUUCUUCGACCUCACUGUCGUCAGACCAAGACAAGCGCAUACAACGGCUGUCACGAUGGGCGACGCACCCGAGGGCCUGUUCAGCGAGUGCGCCAUCGGCUUCUAUACAUGUUCUUUGCUAGCACCUAAACAGGCGGCCGAGCUUUCCAUACCACUGCGCGAGAAUGGCGCUACAGUUCUCGAUUCAACAUCCGAUGGUUCUCUACCGCUCGAGCAAUGCACCCACAUUGUCUCCAACACCGUCGACUUCCCACAGUUCGCGGAGUCGCAGGCGAUGAUGAUCCCGGUCGUCACCACACAAUGGAUCGCGGCUUCGUUGGCGCGCCGAAAGCAAGCCAGUCCACGGCCUUACUCGCCAGACCCACGCAUGAUCUUCCGCGAUUUCAUGAUCACAUGCGCCGAUCUCCCCACGAUGGACAAGGAAAGCAUCUGUGGGGCGGCCAUGGCGUUGGGCGGCCAGGAGAGCAAGGAGGCUUCUCGGCUGACGACGCACAUCUGCUCCCUCUCCAUGAAUCACCACAAGAUUGAGGCGGCACUGAGAAGGGGGUGGAAGGGCAAGAUUGUGCUUCCACACUACUUUGACGACUGCUUCAAGUUGGGGAAACGAAUAGACGAGGGGCCAUAUACCCUGCCUGAUCCCGAGAUCCUCAAGAAGUCCAAGGAUGAUCACAUUGACUUUCCUCAGACGGAUAACCUUGACAACGCGGUCGAGGCACACCCUACUUACCUCCCACUGCCCCCCGACUCCGACGUUGUCCGCCAAUUGACCGUGUUUCAGGAUCGCAAGAUCAUGCUCUCGGACGACCUCAACAUCACCACCCGGCUGCUCAAGGCGGUUUGUGACAUUAUCAGCCUCGGAGGCGGUCGGGUAGUGGAGACCGUCAAGGACUGCGACUGGUACAUCGGACAGUACAGAGACGGCAAAAACUAUGUUGAGGCGGCGCAACGAUGCAAAGAGGUCGGCAAUCUGUCAUGGCUCUAUUCCUUGAUCGUGCGGAACGACUACUCGUCGCCUAUGCGGCGCCUGAUGCACUAUCCGAUCCCAAGGGACGGAGUUGAAGGGUUCAGAAAUCUCAAGAUCACGGUCUCCAACUAUGGGGGUGAGGCCCGCCUCUAUCUCGAGAACCUCAUCAAAGCAUGCGGAGCCGAGUUUACCAAGACGAUGAAGCAGGACAAUACGCAUCUUAUUACAGCCCGGAAUACAAGCGUCAAAUGCAAGGCAGCACCAGAAUGGGGCGUCGAUGUGGUGAACCAUCUUUGGAUCGAGGAGAGCUACGCCAAGUGCGAGAAGACACCCAUUACCGUGCCGAAAUAUACCCAUUUCCCACCGCGGACCAACCUGGGCGAGGUUAUUGGACAGACUCCCAUCAAUGAGCGUUGUCUGCGGGAACUGUACUACCCGGGGGGAGAGGACAUGAUGUCCCCUGGCACAAAGAGAAAGCGCAAGAUCCUCGAUGAUGCCGCAGACAACGCACUGGGCAUGGCCGAAGGGCCGUCCGCUGGCAGUGCUAGUAACGAAGACCUUGAAAAGACCAUCAGACCCUCAAAAACUCCCAAGGAUGUUGCUACGCCCGUGCGUAGGAAACGGGCUACUUCCACCUCGGAGAAGGAGAACGAGACGCCAGAAAUUGGUUCGACAGGCGGGCGGAGCGCCAAAGCCAAAGCGAGAGACAAGCUACAAACGAUUGCCCCUGAUAUCGCGCUCUAUGAAAAGGAGAGGAAGCGCGCAGGGAAGCAGGGCACGCCGUUUGGUGGGAAACGCGCCACCGAUCAGUACGAAAAGUCAAAGGAGCAAGAGAAACAGCAGCGUUCAUCACAUGAGCCUGGAGCAGACGACGAGGAGGAGCGCAAGCGCCCAGCAAAGAAGGCUCGGCCGUCGCUGCCAGAAGUGGAGAUGCGCGUUGUGCUCACGGGCUUUCAGCGAUGGGUUGGGUCACAGAUCAAAGAGGACCAGGAUAGGCGCAAACUCCGAGACAUGGGUAUCCAGAUUGUCCAGGAGAACCAGGCUUGCGACUACCUCGCCGCGCCCCACGUGUUACGGACGGUCAAAUUCCUCACAGCUCUCGCCCGUGGCCCGAUUGUCAUCAACAGCGCGUUCGUUGAGGAGGCCCUCGAAACAGGAAACUUGCCUGAUCCCAAGGACUUUAUUCUCAAGGACGCCAAGUACGAGAAGGAGCACAAGGUCAGGCUUGAUCAGUCUGUCAUCCGCGCCAAGGCGAACAAAGGCCGGCUCCUCAGGGGCCUGCCCGUGUACUGCACCGACAGCAUAAGCCACGGUCCCGAGACGUACCAGAGGAUUGCGCAAGCCAACGGGGCGAUAUGGCUGGUCUACCGAGCACGCAGUGGGACAACCAUCAAGCCCACAACGGCCGAGGAGGAUGGCGGCGCGCCGCCGGAGCCAGUGUAUCUGCUCAGCACGGCCAACCCGGCCGAGAGACAGCUGUGGCCUCGGUUCCGGGAGAUGGCCAAGAAGGGCAACAUGGAGCCGAGGAUCGUGGCGCCCCAGUGGUUGCUCGACGUGGCCAUGGCGCAGGAGCUCCGGUUUGACAGCAAGUUCCUGGUGGAGAAGUACUACGCCGACGACCUGAAUUGA